CCCGGCUAUAAAGCGUGGCCGCCUCCCGCGGCGCCCGGGACGACUGGGACCCUGGGCGGUCGGACGGACGGGCGCGGGUCGGAACUCGGGCAGUGCCGGCCGAGAGAUCCGAAACUCUCGGUUCUCCCCGGGCCGGAGAGGGGGUGGGUGGGGGCGCAGGCCCGGGGGAUGCUGGGCUCGGUGAAGAUGGAGGCCCACGACCUGGCCGAGUGGAGCUACUACCCGGAGGCGGGCGAGGUCUAUUCUCCAGUGACCCCAGUACCCACCAUGGCCCCCCUCAACUCCUACAUGACCCUGAACCCGCUGAGCUCUCCCUACCCCCCAGGGGGGCUGCCUGCCUCUCCGCUGCCCACUGGACCCCUGGCGCCCCCAGCCCCCACAGCGCCCCUGGCGCCCACCUUCCCAGGCCUGGGUGCCAGCACUGGUGGAGGUAGCAGCUCAGGGUACGGGGGCCCGGGCCCGGGGCUGGUCCACGGGAAGGAGAUGCCGAAAGGGUACCGGCGGCCCCUGGCCCACGCCAAGCCGCCCUACUCCUACAUCUCGCUCAUCACCAUGGCCAUCCAGCAGGCGCCGGGCAAGAUGCUUACCCUGAGCGAGAUCUACCAGUGGAUCAUGGACCUCUUCCCGUACUAUCGCGAGAACCAGCAGCGCUGGCAGAACUCCAUCCGCCACUCGCUGUCUUUCAACGACUGCUUCGUCAAGGUGGCGCGCUCCCCGGACAAGCCGGGCAAGGGUUCCUACUGGGCUCUGCACCCCAGCUCAGGUAACAUGUUUGAGAACGGCUGCUACCUACGCCGCCAGAAGCGCUUCAAGCUGGAGGAGAAGGUGAAGAAAGGGGGCGGCGGGAGCUCGGCCUCCAGGAACAGUGCGGGGUCGGCCUCCGCGGCUGCCGCCCCUGCCGCCACUGUGGCCUCCACGCCGCAGCCGCAGCCCCCGCCCCCUGAUCCGGAGGCCCAGGGUGGGGACGAGGUGGGGGCUCUGGACUGUGGCUCGCCCGCUGCUCCCUCCACACCCUACUUCACUGGCCUGGAGCUCCCAGGGGAGCUAAAGCUGGAUGCGCCCUACAACUUCAAUCACCCUUUCUCCAUCAACAACCUGAUGUCGGAACAGUCGCCAGCACCCCCCAAGCUGGACGUGGGAUUUGGGGGCUACGGGGCAGAGGGUGGGGAGCCUGGGGUCUACUACCAGGGCCUCUAUUCCCGCUCUCUGCUUAACGCAUCCUAG